AGGGAACCAAUUGGAAGGGUGGAGUAAAAAAUCAUCUAUUCUCGGCUAGAGCUACAGAUUCCCAUUGCACAAGAUGCUUAUCAGAGUCGGAGGCGCCGUCAUCCAAACAGAAAACCCGAACAACAUCAAGAACAGUCUGGCAACGAAGCGUAUACGUAAUGCGAAGCACACACAGUUCCAUUCAGUUCAGUUCACUUAACUCGUACGCUGCUCAGUUCUCAGUUCUCGGGCAGGUGUCAAGCGACGCACACACGAAUCGCGCUACUAUUAUUAACAAUUCCAGAAUAUCUUAUAUGGUAUAUGCUAUAUGCUACAUGCUCGAGUGCCCAAUUAGCAUACGCGUUUCGGGCCGUCAACCUAUUCGUACCUGAGCUUUAUCACUCAGUCGGAAUACACUACACAAAACACGGCGUCACACUCUCGGCGUCGUUUUGGGAAAGUCGAGUCGAGUACAAAGUCGUACAGAUUUUGGAAAAGCAGACAUUCAUAUUCAUAUAUAUUUGUCAUACAAACGUGCUGACAAUCAUGCUGGAUCCCAUUUCGGAUACCCCGCUGGUCUUGGCCUAUGCCUUCAUGUCGCUGCUGGUGCUGAUUCUGUGCUUCAUAAUGGUCAAUGUGGUCCACAAGCUCUAUCGCAGUCUCAACGACCAGGCAACGAUGGUCGUAACAAGUCCGAUGUCCACACACCAGCAGCAGCAGCAGCAACAGCAACAGCAGCAACUAUUUCUGAAGACCUCCAUCAUGGAAGUAGACGCCAUGAAAACCGGUUAGGAGGUGGACGAAUGGAUGGAUGGAUGGAUGGAGCCAAGGUGCAGCUGCUGUGAGAAUCUCUCUCCGGUUUUAUUUUCGGGCGAUCGCGAAUCGAAUCGGAUUUGGAAUUGGAAUCGGAAUCCGAGGCCUGCCAGUCAGCUGCACGCCCACCACUCGCACCCAUGUAUACAAUAUUUUAAUGAUAAUAAUAUAAACAAUAGCAAUUAGCCGUAAAUACCAUUAGACUUUAAGUACCGCCUGGUCUCUAGUCACUUAAUUGUUCAUAUCGUCCUAGGGUUAGGUUAGCCAUACGAUGAUAUUGUAUUGUAAAUAAAGCAACGUGAACGAUAA